CCAACAUGGAAAUAACAGCUUUGGCAACCCUGAUCCUCAUAUUUCUUAUUUCAUUUAUGUUUAUUUAUUCUACAUGGGAUAAAAUGUAUAGGAAACGCAAUUUGCCCCCUGGGCCAACACCACUGCCGGUGAUUGGGAACUUGCUGCAUGUUAAGAGAGGAGAACUGGUGAAGUCUUUGAAUCAGCUGAAAGAGAAGUAUGGUUCGAUAUAUACUCUGUACUUUGGAUCAAGACCAGUAAUAAUUCUCUGCGGCUACCAAAUGGUGAAAGAGGUUCUUAUUGACCGAGGAGAUGACUUCAGCAACCGCGGCCAUAUGCCAACAGUGGACAGAUUCUUCAAUGCACAUGGGGUGAUCCUGAGCAAUGGAGAGCGGUGGAAGCAGCUACGUCGAUUCACAUUGAUGACACUGAGGAAUUUUGGGAUGGGGAAAAGAAGCAUUGAAGAGAGAAUCCAGGAGGAGGCUAAUUUUUUGAUGGAGGAGCUCAGGAACCAUAAACAAUCCCCGAUAAAUCCGACCAAUCAUCUGCUUCAGGCUGUGUCCAAUGUCAUCUGCUCUGUGGUAUUUGGGAGCCGGUUUGAGUAUGAAGAUUUGAGGUUUCUGAGACUUCUCAAUAUGUUCAAUGAAACCUUCCAGCUCAUGGGCUCCACCUGGGGACAGCUGCAUGACAUGAUUCCGGAGAUAAUGGACCAUGUUCCUGGACCCCACCAAAGGAUUAACAAACUGCUGCAAAAUCUAUUAGAGUUUGUUUCUGAGAGGGUGAAGAUCAAUCAGGAAACCCUGGACCCCUCAAACCCCCGGGACUACAUAGACUGCUUCCUGAUUAAGAUGAAUCAGGAUAAGCAAAAUCCAUCCUCAGAAUUUAAUACAAAGAACCUGUUGUUGACCGUCCUCCAGUUGUUUUUUGCCGGAACAGAAACAGUCUCUGGCACUCUCCGACACGGGCUUCUUAUCCUUGUUCACUACCCUGAGAUACAAGACAAACUGCAUCAAGAAAUUGAUAAAGUCAUUGGAGUGAACCGAGGACCUAACAUUGAGGACCGCAGCAAGAUGCCUUACAUGGAUGCCGUAAUUCAUGAGAUCCAAAGGUUCAGUGACGUUCUACCACUUAAUCUUCCACAUGCUCCAGUACGAGAUAUGAAAAUUAACGGCUACAACAUUCCGAUGGGUACUGAUGUAUAUCCAUUGCUCUACUGUGCUCUAAGAGAUCCCAGCCAUUUUGAGACUCCAUGUAAGUUCAACCCUGGGCAUUUCCUGGAUGAGAAUGGUAGCUUCAAGAAACAUGAUGCCUUCAUUCCAUUUUCCACAGGUAAACGGAUCUGUGCCGGGGAGGGGCUGGCUAAGAUGGAGCUCUUCCUGUUUUUCACCACCAUAUUGCAAAACUUCAAGCUGACCUCAAAGAUGAAAUUUACUGACGCUGACAUCAGUCCAAAGAUGACCGGAUUCUCCAACAUUCCAAUAACUUAUAAACUCUUGUUUGUCCCUCGUUAAUCGAACACGCAUUGAGAACUUUCAUAUGGACAGAGUCAUUAUACAAGCCACUGGA